ACCUAGGCUGCGCAUUUCGUGUCAUCGGCGAGGCUAAAAUUAACAAUUGGCUGUCAAAAGCAAGAAAAGAAAAACUCGGGAAAUUGUUAAUUAAAAUCGUGACCCACAUCAGCGCAUACAGCCCCCGGUCGCAGCGAUGACGUGGAAGAAGCAAAUGGCGCUGCUGGCCAAGCCAUACUACUGGGUAAACAUCCUGUUGGCCAUAUCGUACCUUUUGGCCAAAAAGACGCAGUUCAUCUGCACGCGCCUCUUUAUUCUCGCCGGAGAGGAUGAAGCAUGCGACCUGGACAGUCGCGAGGUGGAGAUCUUGUUCUUCCUGCUGAUCGUGGUGAUGAUACGGUCACGCAAAACGGGCAGUGUCACCAUGAUCAACUACUUGGCCUCGUCGUUCCUCUACACCAAAGUGGCCAAUGCCAUUUUGUGGGCCUACGCGGACUUCCGCUACGGCCUGGGCUUUCUGCUCGUCUGCGUCCUGGUGGGCAUGGUACUGCCGGAGCCCUCGUACCGCGGACCGGAGCACAUCACCUACUUCCGCAACGCACAAGUUUUCGAGGAGGAGUUGGCCAGAGACAAGCGAACCAGCUGGCUGAUUUGCUUCUACACUGUGUGGAAUCCCAGCUGUGUGAACUUUGCCCCCGUUUUUGCCGAGCUCUCCGCGGAGUACAACACGGACCACCUGAAGUUCGGCAAGAUUGACAUCGGACGCUUUCCGGACGUGGCCCAAAAGUAUCGCAUCUCGGACAGCAGCUUCUCUCGACAGCUGCCCACUGUGAUCCUGUUCCAACAGGGCAAGGAGACGGACCGCAGGCCCUGCGUGGACUCCAAGGGCAAACUGCAGAAGUUCUUCUUCUCCAGCGACAAUGUGCGUGCCACCUUUGGCCUCAACCAGCUGUACAAGGAGGCCGUGGAGCGACUGCCCAUUGCUCCCAAGGAGGCCAAGAAGCUGCAGUAGGCUGUCCUGGCCACCACCUGCUGCCAUCUCAUUUCAGCGUGCACGUGCUAAUAAUUGUUAUUCGUUUAGUUCAUAGUUUAUUUUAACUUAUUGAGGAGCUGCCACCGCCGAAGACACGUACAAUUGCACUAAUAAUUGCAUUCUAAACUCAGACGUGCUAUCGUCGCGAUGCCAUUGUAGAAAAUAUUUGUAUGAUCUUGCAUUUGCAUAAAUUGUAGCUAAUCACCAGGUACCAAAUAUAUUUAAAAAUGUGAAAUGAGUCAACGAA